CAGUUCACUGAGUUUCUUUCAGACAAGUGAACAUAGAGUGUCAGUGCAAACUUCACGAUGGAGGCAUACAUGACUGUUAUUUUAUUGGGAAUAUUUUUCAGCAUUUUCCACUGGCAGGCAUCAUUAUGUGUUUCUAUAGCAUACCUUGGGAUAUUCUACUGGAAGCAAUUACACAUCAUAAUAAAAACACUACCUAGAGAUCUUCGAUGCUUGUACCGAGUGAGAAAAAUGGUAAAUAGAACACUUCAUUGCAAGAACAAGAACACAUCUGUAGUAGAUGCCUUUUACAGUCAGCUGAAGAAAAAUCCAAGAAACCCGUGUUACUAUUUUGAAGAUCAAAUUUGGACAUAUAAGGAUGUGGAAGACUACAGCAACGAAGUGUCAAAUGUAUUCAAUGACGUAGGAUACAGCAAGGAUGACGUGGUGGCUGUUCUGAUGGGCAACUGCCCUGAGUAUGUUUGUACAUGGUUAGGGUUGGCCAAACUGGGUGUGGUGUCUGCCCUAAUAAACACAAACCUGCGCCUGGGUGUCCUUGCUCAUUGUAUCAACAGCAGCAAUGCUAAAGCCAUCAUCUUUACCGACAAGUUCGCCUCAGUUGUACAGGAGGUGAGAGAGCUACUGGAGCAAGAUGUGAAGCUGUACCAAGUUGGAGGCUCGGCUAGCGGAGAUGUACAAGACCUCAGUAAGUUGAUGACCUCCGCCUCCCAGAAGCCACCCAACACGAAGUACAAACCUGGCUACAGCGAUCAGCUGCUGUACAUAUACACUUCUGGCACAACAGGCAAACCUAAGGCUGCUCGCUUCCCUAAUUCAAGGUUUCUACUGUUGACUAAUGCUGGACAGUGCCUGCUCAAUCUGCGACAUGACGAUGUGAUGUACAACCCACUUCCACUGUACCACGUGGCAGGGGGAGGACUGGGAGUGGGGCCCGCUCUCGUGUUGGGCAUUCCAUGUGUCAUAAGGGCCAAAUUCUCCGCCUCAGGAUAUUUUGAAGACUGUAUCAAAUACAACUGCACGGUUGGGCAGUACAUAGGGGAGAUGUGCCGGUACAUGUUAGCCUCCAAACCUCGGCCCGAGGACAGGCAGCACAAAGUCCGUAUGAUGGUAGGGAACGGUCUGCAAGCUUCCAUCUGGAGACAGUUCGUGGAGAGAUUCGGUGUCACAAACAUCAUAGAGCUUUAUGGUGCAACAGAGGGGAAUGUAAACAUGGGAAACUUGAACGGCAAGAUUGGAGCUAUCGGCUGCAUCCCACAAUGUCUCCCCCGAGCACUCAUUCCCGUGGCCAUCAUCCGCGUUAACGAGGAGACCAACGAGCCUAUCCGGACCAGCAAGGGGCUCUGCAUCUGGUGUAAACCAGGAGAGACUGGAAUGUUUGUUGGGGCCAUCAAGCAGAACGAUCCAACGAGGCAGUACCAUGGAUACUUAAAUCAAGACGAAUCCAAAUCCAAAGUUAUUUAUGAUGUAUUCAAGAAAGGGGACCAAGCGUUUGUUUCAGGAGAUUUGGUGACAAUGGAUGAAGAAGGUUAUAUAUAUUUCAAAGACCGCACAGGAGAUACAUUCAGAUGGAAAGGAGAGAAUGUGUCAACAUCUGAGGUAGAAUCAGUUGUCAGCUCUAUCAUUGGUCUACGAGAGUGUACAGUGUAUGGUGUACAAGUGGGAGAGAUGGAGGGGCGGGCUGGGAUGGUUGCUGUAGCGGAAAGUGAGGUACCACUAGACCUGCCCGGACUCGCUGAAGGUCUGGACCGUGCUCUACCGACCUACGCUCGUCCUCUGUUCCUUCGACUCACACCCACUCUGCCCCACACUUCCACCUUCAAGCUCAAGAAAGUGGAUCUCCGGAGGGAGGGGUUUAACCCGGCCAACACCUCUGACCGACUGUACUUCCGUCAGUCCGCUUCAUUUACCCGCCUCACCUCCGAGCUGUACCAGGACAUCGUUACGGGGAAGGUCAAAGUGUGAAUGUCAAUUAUUGAUCCAAUAUUCACAGUUCUUUUUAAAUUACUUCAGUCCACAAUGUAUGAUUCUUUUAUAUGAAAUAAAACUCAAUGCAAUUAUUA